AUGGUUCAGCUAUGUUUCGUUCUGGAUCUGCGAAGCUUGGCACCUCCAUUGCUAAGACAUUUAAACCAGUCGCUGCUUCAACUCGCUAAUUUCUAUGCCAUUUCAAGUUCGUCCUCGUCGCCAGGGUGCAAAUCAGCCACUCUCGGUGAUAAGAUUGGUUUGUGCUACGUCAUCAAGAAUCGCUUAUCUUUUUCUGACGAGUUGAUAAUCGCGUACAGUCCCACCGGAAACUUCAACCUACGCGAUUUCCACCACGCUGUUAACAAUUUGCCCUCCGAUGCCUUUCUGCCUGAUAUUGAUAACAUUUCCGGUGCUCUCUCAUCUUCAGAUGUAAUGAUUUCAAGUGUUUUGAAUGAACGAGUAUUGUAUUCGUGGCAAGGUAAAGAUAUUGAGAAGAAAGUAAUAGUCAUAACUUCGACCUUGCCUGAAGAUGUGGACUCUACAAUGCAAAAGAGCCUCAUGGACGCUGCAGAUAAAUGCGUUUCGGUUGAUUUUGCUGUAUUUCAGCAAAAGUCAAGCCAUCUGACUAAUACGUGUGAAAACAUCAACAAAUUUCGUCGUUGCAUUUCUCAUCUUGAUAAUUGCUCAGUUCAGACCUAUAUCCCAGAUUUCAGAGUAUUCCACAGCCUGGUUAAAAGAUGGCUGGAGGUUUUGAAAGAUGACAUGGAGGAGCCGCUGCUAGCUCGUCUCAUUUUCAAGGACGAUCUGCUAGAUUCUGUGAACCAUAUAUUCUGCGACCUGUUUGCACCAAUUAAUCGAAUAACCAACAGCUUCAGUGAAUGUCAGACAUGCAGAUGUCAUGGCAUUCCUUUUGAGGAUGCUGAAAAAAAUUUCCACAAACUUUCUUGUCCAGUCACUGGCUGCAAUCUGGAAACAUGUGAUGUUAUUGAAAAUUCUGUUCAAGUUGGGGAUAAAACUAUUCUGUUUCUCCCCUCAUUCCAUAAUUCUCUGAAGCUCCUGCAAAUUACUUCGCCAAUUAACAUAACUGUUGCUGAGAGGAUAAACUUGGCUUCUCUUGAUGAAGGUCUUAUAAUGGGGGCUUCCUUUGUUGUGCUUCCAUCACCUUAUCAUGUGACCGAAACCACUUCAGAUGAUGCUGAUCAGUCAGACGUGAAUGCUCAACUUUUUCAAGGCCUUUCUAGUGUUCUACAUUCAAUGGAACAAGGUUUGCUAUGCUCUUCAAAUUGUGAUUUAGAAACAAUGGCAGAGGCUCCUUAUGAUUGCUAUUAUAUUCUGCAGCCAUCCGAUAAUGGACCAAUGCUUAUGAGGCGCCUUGCAGGGGCAGAAGAAGUCCUAGGAUUUCCUGACAAUCGAUUAGUUGAUUCAUCAGUCAAUAAGGAAAUUGAGAACUCUGUUCAAGCCUGUUUGCUAAAGAUCGAUCUAACAGACUAUGAUCCAUUGCUGCAUGAAAGAGGCUUUCAUCAAAAACUAAAUUUGCUUGUCAAAGAAAGCUUACAAUUGGGGUCAGUAUCUUCUAAAUUGGAAGGUGCAUCUUCUCAACUAAGCUCUAGUCAACAACCUUCGCCGGAGGUGAUUGGGAGAGCAGAAUCAGCCAUUGAUGUCAUAGUUGUGGAUGAAGAAACUUUGCCGUUGGAUAUUACGGAUCAAGACGACAAAACCAUGGCCUGUAUUACGGAAGAAUGGAAGCAAUUGGUUGUAAACGAAGACCCCAAGUUGUACUCUCCAUCUUGUAUGUCCAAAGCCAAGUUUGAUCAAUCAAGUGCAUCACCACGAGAUGGUAAUAGGCAGCUAGACAGGGAAACUUCAAGGAUUUUGGAGAGAUUGGAGGUUCCGAGGCCGUUAAAAGCAAAGACGGCAUCUCCUGCUACAAAUGCAAGUUGCAUGAAAAAUACAAGAGUUUCCACAAAAAUGCCUCUUAUACCAUUCCAGCCAACUCAAGGUACAGAACAAGGCUUGGUCGGCAGCCAGUUAAUGAAACCAAAUUUCCAGAGGCAGAAAAGGAAACAUAAAUGAAAAGAAGGCAACCCCACGUGUUUCACGAAAACUAUUCUUCAAAAGUCGAUAAGGUGAGUGUAUUUCUUUUCCCAUUUUUUUUUUUUUUUUUUUUAUGAAAGUUAAGAUGAGGAAUAGUUUCGUGGAGAGGAUAGGAUAAAUGUAAGAUAUGAUAU